AUGGGUGAGGUGGAGAUCGCGGUACGCUUCGUUCGGGUGAGCCCAACCUUGGAUUUGGUCCAUGUGUACUCGCACCCAUCGCUGCCGUUGAUGCAUCACAUAAAGCCGCUGGGGCCGGUCCAACAAGAUGUGUUGAGGAGAGCGGCGGUGAAGAUCGUGGCCGCCCACUUGUCGCGAUCUGAACCGCCGCUGGGGCGGGAUGUCGUGCUUUACAUGCUGGACGCGGAUUCACAAGGUUUUAGUAUGAGGAAAGUGCGCGCCAAUUAUUUCCGCAUCAUCAAUGUCGUUGCGGGGGUGAUGGAUGUCGUUGGGUGGAUAAACGACACGCGUUCGUGGAAGAAUCCAAUGGCCACGAUUCUCGUACACGCUUUGCUGGCGCUGCUUGUGUGGUACCCGGAUCUGAUAGUCCCCACUUUAGCGUUUUAUGUGUUCGUUAUUGGUGCUUGGAACUAUAGGUUCCGCUCCCGGGCUCCACUUCAGCACUUUGACCCGAAGCUCUCAUUGGCGGAGAACGUUGACCGUGACGAGCUGGACGAGGAGUUUGAUUCGGUGCCGAGCACCAGAUCAUUCGAGGUGGUGCGGGCGAGGUACGAUAAGCUGCGGAUGCUCGGUGCACGUGUGCAGACGGUGUUGGGAGAUUUCGCGACUCAAGGGGAGCGGGUGCAGGCUUUGGUGACGUGGCGGGACCCACGUGCGACGGGGAUUUUUGUGUUGUUGUGCUUCGUUGUGGCAGUGAUACUGUACAUGGUGCCAUCGAAGAUGGUGGCUAUGGCGUUUGGGUUCUAUUAUCUGCGCCAUCCGAUCUUUCGUGAUCGGAUGCCGCCGCCGGCUUUGAACUUCAUCCGAAGGCUGCCUUCGCUGUCUGAUCGACUUUUGUAG